UAGACGAACCGUCCCUCAACAGUCCGUUCGGUGGAUGCGGGUCAUGAACCAUGAGCCCCUCUGAGACAGUGAAUGUCAUCCACCUCUGAACAGUUGAAGCACGCUUCAAUCAAGUUUAUUCGAAAUCCCUUUCUCUGAGAUCUGUCUGUCCAUUGGGUUUGUAAGGGCUCUGCGCCCAAACACAAGAACCCCCGCAUGUCCACCCCCGGUCUCGGAGCGUUCACGCGGCGAGGAAUGCGGGAAUAUGGGCGGAGGUUCCCCGCGUUUUGUUGAACUACAAAGUGCAUGCCAGAUAUGUGGAUGGUGGUUGUCCUUGGCGCUUUUGAUGGAUCGGCGUUGAGAUUUGUAUAUUGUCCCAAUCAAGGAGUCAAUGUUCCUUCUGAGAGUCUUCCCUCUCGUCUGUCACAGAACUUUACCUACCAUCAAUUUGGUGACACCUGGAAAGAUCAUGUACUUAGUGUCCUCGAUGACUUUUGUGGAAGUGAAAAUGUCAGAUCACCACAUCGGCCCGUCCCUUUCAUUCAUUCCUUUCAGGUUUCCCCUACCCGAACGACUAGAUCGCCCCGGUCGGUGCGGAGAAGCCACCGUUACGAUGAAUGCAACGCUCCCCAUUCCCCGCUCCGAAAGGUUGUUUACACACACCACAUUAUGAAGAGCAAGGGAAUUCACGGCGUGAUCAUGGCAUAGGGGCGUUCUCGUUCCCGAACUAGCCACUUCAGAAGCGGAAGGUCCAAAAGGUGAG